AUGCCAGGAACUACUUUGUCGUGGGCCCCUCCCUCGUAUCCACCUACUACCAUAGAGAAUGAUGGAACAUUCGUCAAUAGAUACGACGCUCGAAAGACUUUGGCAUACGUUACAACAGACACCAACAAUGUGAACAAUGUCUUCAUGCUCUAUUGGUACACAACGAAGGAGGGACUGAAAUAUCACUUGACAAGUAACGCAGGCCUGCGUGGAGACAAACUUCUUGGGACAUUCAUUUCUUUGAAUGACCUGCAGGACAAUACAUCGCGCGGGGCUUCGAUUAUUCACCCUGGCUUUGGAAAUCCUGACUGCUUGGAGUUGAAAAGCGCCACGCAGAACAUCACCACCCCUGAAGAUGGUGACCAAUGGACCAACACUCACCUUGAGCUUGAUUUUGUUGGAAUUAAACUUAAUGUUUUUUUUUUUUUUAACCUACUGGUGGCAACUUCUACUAUGGAGGCGGCGGUGGUGUCCAGCUCGUCAAUCGAGGACCAGACCCUGACGGCUCUACUUCCCUUCCGGGGUGGUCUUGGUAUUGGGCCAACCCCACAACCCGUCUUCAUGGACAUCUUGAAAUUGAUGGCAGGCAGCACGAGAUCGAUCCCGAACAGUCAUAAGCCUUGUUCGAAAGAUAAUGGGGCAACUUCCAUAUCGGAAAAGAUUACUUUGCCCUUUGGCUCUACCUGGAGACGGGGGAAGUCCUCAUUUCCUGGUCUAUGGAACCAAAUCUUGACGGCUAUUCAGACUGACUGCACGUCACUUGACCUAUUACCUGAGGAGCUCCACGAUCGAUCAGAUUACUUACAAUUCCUCGGAAUCGAAUAUGAGACUAAAUUCUCGAAAAUAUUCUCGGUAGCCGAUUCGAAUAUGGCGGGAAAGUACUUCCAGAAAGCAGUCGACUUUACACCAGAAGGCGACCCAAAGACGUCAGAGCGAGUCACGUGCCUCGCCCUUCUCUUCGACGCAAAAUAUCAGAUGUCAGGCGAAAAGGCUGACCUUGAUGAAAUGAAUCGUAUGGUUGAAUGGCGCAAGUAUUGCCAUAAGUAUUGGAGGUCCCGGCGCCUGACCACCUAA